AUGGCCGGUGGUGUGUACACGGCUUCACUCAGAGGAGGUGGGCCGUGGGGUUUUCGACUUCAAGGUGGAAAAGAUUUCGGCAGUCCGCUUGCCAUUUCCAAGGUAAAGACAUCGACAUUGCUUGUGCCGUGUGUGGGUUUCGCCAAGUCGUCUUCUGGGUUAGUUUGUUCUGCUCGUAGUUAGUGGCCUUUAAUUGAGACUUUCUUUUGAAGGUUACACCAGGAUCUAAAGCUGAUGUCGCAGGAGUACAGUCAGGGGAUUUUAUCGUUGAAAUAAAUGGAGCAUCUUCGGAUAAUAUGACUCAUUUUGACGCUCAGGAUGCCGUGAGAAGGGCUGGGCUGAAUCUAGACCUUCUUUUGGACAAGUAAGUUGUGUUAAGUUGUAGAUCUGCUACAAAACUAUAAAGUAAAAAUUUAUAUUUAUAAUCAAAGUAACCUCGCUGUACAAAUUUCUCUUCCUGUAUUGACUAGCUGGCGGUUUUUGACAAUUUUUGCGGGUGAAAUGAGCAGUCAAUAUUCUUGGCUUGUUCAGCAUUCAAUUUGUUACAUCUUUCACACCAGGGGACAAUUAAACUUCUAGUAUUUGCACAAAGUUGACGUGUGUAAGGGGCGUUUUUUACAGCGAAUCUUUGUUACCCUUCCAAUGUCGACAAGUACAGCGUUCGUCAACAGAAUGUUUUUUGUGCUUGUGAAGGACUCGCGCUUCCUUAUCGAAACCUUUGGGUGUAUUUUGAAAUGUAAUUCAAUCGUAAUGCGCUUACUCGAGAUCUACGAAGCUAAGCUGUGAUGUUGACUUUGAAUUUUAAGGGUGAUGUUUGUAAAAUGGGCAGCUUUGUUCCAUCAAUACACCGUGUUUUUGUGAUUUUGUUAAACUAAGUUGCUAAACUAUUGUUUUCACAAGUUUCGUUUUCCAUAAGCUUACCUCGCUCGAAACUAUCAUGGUUUAACAUACUAAAUGUGAACAAAUGGCCCAUGCGACUCUGAAGCAAGCUCGAACAGUGUUCACAAGUAAACUUAAAACAUCAGCUUUCUCGGUCAGUCAUUCUAAAAAGUAUCUGUAAUAUCUAUCUAGUUAAGUAUGGCACUUGGACGUUCGUUUUCUGUUAAGAUGACAAAACUGUAGAUUUUAAAGGGAUCCGAUUAAAUUAGAUGAAACUUUUGUUGGAGUGUGCUACAAUUGCAAGGGUCAGUGAGCUCAUUAAUUAGGACCACAAAUUUAGAAGUAUGUUUUUAUCUCAGAACAUCUUUAUUAUCACUCAUAUCUAGAGUUUGUCACUGUAAUUGGUGUCUCGUGUCAAAAAUGUGUUAUUUUUUAAAAGAGCAAUAUUUUGAAAAGACAGUCUUCCAAAAGUAGUCUUGAGUUGUUUAGCACAAAACGUACAUUUGCAAGGUAGAAAUUUUGGAUCUUUCUCCAUGGGAUUGGGUUAGUGAAAAAGUUUGUUGUAAUUUUUUCCCAAAGGACAGCAAUUUGGUUUGUUAAGUUCAAAAAGUGUCAUUUGUUGUACAAUGUAUCAUUUGAGAAGUAAAAUUGGAAUUGAGAUAUUCUCACAAAAAUAUUUCCCAUAUAUAUGCUACAUACAAAGAUUUGAAGCAGGGCCCAGUUGUUCGAAGGCCAAUUAGCGCUUAACCCGGGGUUAAAUUUAAUCCGGGUUUCUCUUUCUUGUGCUCAAAAGCAUUUUUGCGGAUAAUUUUUUCUGUUAUAUUUAGAGCUUUCAAUCAUCAACUUGUAGACAAAAAGAAUUAAAACGGGAAUUCUUUUUAAGCUUUCAAAUCUGAAUUCAAAUCUGGCACUAGCCCUGGGUUAUCUUAACCUGGCUUUGAACAACUUGGCCCGGGGGAAGUAUUGCCUUCAUCUUUUCCACACCUUAUUUACUGUUUUCUGCCACUCUCCUGGGUCCUCUCUGAGAAGAGGCGGAGCAAGUUGGACGUGUGAGUGGCUGAUCGUGUCUGUUUUGUAGAUUCAAUAUUAUUUUAAUUUACACGUUGUUAUGAAAAAUUGAAAUGGAAAAUGUCAUCAAGCACUGAACACAUUGUCAUUUUUGCCUCUUGGUCGCUUUGCCUUCACUAAUAAACUCAGCAGCAAUGACUACUGAUUUAAGGGUUUUUCAUUGAUCUUUUGUUAGCAAAGUGAAGGGGGAAAUUACCACAGAAAUGGUUUCCCAAGUUGUCUCUUUCGUGAUGGCUGUUUACAACCAUCAGUGCAGAGUGGAAAAUAAUUAUUGACAAUGCAGACCUGAUUGGUUUAGCCUGUGAAUACAGCUGUCUCUCCUCACUUUUCACCCCUAAGGACGUUUCCAAGGAAAGAAGUCUGCUCCACAAUGACAGAAAUUCCAUACUGAGGAUUUAAAAUCUGUCCAGAAUGUACUCAGGAGCUCUGAUUGGUUGACAAAGUAGUUUUAUUGUUUUAGCUAUUGUUUACGAAUGACAGGCAAAAGACAGAAGGUCACAUAAGGUCAAAUGUAAACACAAUGAAUCAACUACAGAACAGUCAAUAUUUGUGUAACAUAUUCUUCUUAAGAAGAAGCAUUUGGGUUUUGUCGGAGCUUGUUUGCAGAAGAACACAAAACUUUACUAUAGUUGACCAGAGGAAACAUAAAGUUGAACAAAUUUACAUUUGGAACCCCAUGAAUAUCGGUUUAAUUAUGUAAACAUUGGUUUACGUCAUCAGUAUGUAAUUUCUGCCACUGAGGAGCGGGUAUCUUUCCUGUGAAACAUCCCUGGUGGUGAGGAGAUGGCUGUAUUUGCAGGCUUACAAAAACAUCCUUACAAUAAGCCAUCUUCUCUUAAAAAUGCUCCAAACUCAUCCCACGCCACACCAUUAUCACCUAUGCAUCCACAGUGAUGCAAGGUGCAAAGAAAGUCGGUUUUACAGCUUAGGCAAGCUGUAGCUUGCAUGUACUAGCCCAAAAAUAAUUUCACCUACCCACAAAUAGCUUUCAGUUGAUGAGCAGGAUUGAUUACAGUUCUUCUGUAAUUUGAAAUCCCCAAAAAACCAUCACUUGCCUGUCGGCAAGUUAAGUAAAGAACAGAAUUCACUAGCCUGAUAGCAAUGUACACCAGCUGCUAGCUAUCAGACACUACUUUCUUUGCAGGCUGAUCUGCCUUUUGAAAUGCUCUUUCUGUAACUGUAUCAGCUAAUACAUCAAACUAGAACCAGUGCUUAAAAAGUGUACAAAUUAUUGUGAUAUAAAGAUGUAUUGUUUACAGUCAAGACAGGUUAAGCAUACCACCAAAGAUUCUAUUAAUGAAUUGAUUAUUUCGAAAAUGAAUCCGUUAGUCAUUCCCGUAACUAGUGUCAAAUUCAAAUCAGCGUUCCUGCAUGCGUAAUGAGUAGUGAAUAUUUUACGAGAACUUCUCUGUAUUUGGUCAGAUUGAAAAUCUUUGAAUGAAUAUAAUUUUUUCAAAGACAUUUACAUCAAAUUCUGGGAAACUGAGCUGGUAGAAAUUUCAUAACUGCCUCACAUGUGAAUUCAUGGCUCAUUAUACAUUCAAGAAUGCAGAGAUGAAUCUCAAAUCUACAACUACCAUCGGAUUCAACUUUCGAAUGAUAAAUUCAUUAAUGGGAUCUUGGCGGGUAUGCUUGACGUGGCUUGACUGUAAAUAACAUUUCUGAUUCUUCCCUUCAUUUGUGUUAGUGUGGGCUGUGUCAGAAAAUAGUCCUGUUGUACCUUGCAUUAGUGACACGUACCCCUUGUGACAAGGAAAUGUGUCCACUAAGAGAGACUUCUUCUGUACAGACAUUGAAAAUGUGGUGAUGCUUGUCUGUGGCAGGGACCAUGAGCAAGCAGCUUAAGUGAGGGGAGUUGUCAGUGUUUACCGUGGUUUAAAGCAAGGCAAACGUACUAUGUUACAAGGUGUUACUUCUGAGAAGCUUUGACCAUCUCUAAGAUAAAGUCUAGAGAGGUGUGAAAGAAGCAAUCUGCAUUACCUUUUUUAACUGUAUUAUUAAUCGAUAAUGCUUUAGCACAUCUGUGAUAAAGUUCCUAAGGGGUGCAAAUUUUAGCUGGCAGAAUUGUUAGUCUUUUUGAAUCAGGUGAAUCAUCUACUAUGACAGGAUCUUGAAGAACAAUAGUAUUAUGAAAAGGUUUUAAAAAAAAAUAAAUAUUUUUUCUUAUAGGAAAGAUCACACUAAAACAGUUGUGGUAACAGAAACAGUCCAUUCGGCAAAGUCUGAUCACAAGUUCAAUGCAAAGGCCAAGCCAUUUGGUGCAGUGUCAUCACCUGCUCAAAUAUCUCAGCCUCAAGCUGUCGUUACAGGUCGCACUUCACCUGCUGGAGGUAGUACAUGGCAGCCUCCAAGUAUUCAACCUCAGCGUGCCUCUGUUGCCCAUUCUACGCCAGCUGGAGCACCACCUCCCCCUGCCCCUCCCCCUGCCCCUCCCCUUGCAGUAUCACAGUCCAGGUAAGAACCUUGCAUUCAAAUUCAGCAUUUUUUAAAGUCGGCUAUAAAAUAAUGCUGACAUUAAGUUAUAAGAUAGUCACUGAACGGAAAUGUUGUUUACCAUAAAAAGGACACCUUGUGUGAUAUUAGAUGAAGUGUGUUAAGUAAUCAAAAUGACUACUUAACUAUUGCAACUGAAUUUUGAGGUGCAUGCAACAUUUCAAGGCUUAAUACCCAGAAAACUAGGGUGAAAAAGGGAAGUUAGUGAAAUAGUAGGUGAGCUUUGGGGCAAAACAUGAUACAACUGUAUCUUCACACUUGAAAAGAUCAAAAGAGUAUGACACAAAAAUAAUUUAAAAUGUUGAUAUAGGCUGUCAGGGAGACUAGUUGAUAUGUGAAUUCAAACAAUUUAACAGUUAUUAAUUAUUUAAUAGGUAAAAAGCACCAGUAAUACGUAUUGCACUUUUUUCACAUCUGGGAUGAGUUGAGUAGUCAUGUAUUCCAAAAUUAUUUGUUUUUGAGAAAUAUGUACAACCCGGCACAAUUUCCGCACAAUUUAUGUUUUAUCCCACAAAAUUUGCCUCCAAAAUCCUGCACAAUAUUAUAAUCUUUUUCCUGCACCCUGUCAGAAGCGUUAUUUGCAACACUACAGAUCUUACUCAUUGACAAUGUGUGAUGGACAAGUUUGUGAGUUUCUGUAUGAUGGCAGUAUUCUCAGAGAGAGUACAUUCAUUCAUCCUCUUCUUUCUCAGGGCAGGCUAUGAUCAUCCAGAUGCUUCCAAACAAAGACAUGUUAUUGAUGAUAACGACAUCGCUCAACGGUUUAGACUCAACAUAACUGAUGGUGGUGAUGGUAAGCUUGUGAUUUGAAAUACAGUCGACUCCCGAUAAUUUGAACCCUCGCUAACUCGAACCUCGCACUAACUUGAACCAAAAUCGAUUUCCCCUGAAUUUCCGUCCUACAUUCACUGUAAUUUUACCCUCGGUAAUUCAAACCCCCGAUAACUCGAACUCCUGCUAACUUGAACCAAUUUUCGUUUCCCCUCAGGUCAUUUUCUAUAUAAUUUUACCCUCAAUAAGAUCAAACCAUGUUUUGAGCCCUUAAAAAGUUGGGGAAAAAACUGUCUACUGGCGUCCGAAACAUUGAAUUUUGGAUUUGCUAUUGACGUGUUGUAGGAGUAUAGUUUACUAGUGGAGGCUGAUGUUGAUUGUCACAGGCUAACGUGAAGCAGCUUUUCUUCUCAAAACAGUAAACGCAUGCUCCAUUUAAGCUAUGUUUUGUUAUGAUAUGUUCUGAUCAGGGUUGUCACUAAGAUUUCAAGUUGCCGGGUAAAUACAACAAGUAGGUGGGGAAUCAAACGGCUAGGGAUUUCUUUUGGUUCUAUUUUUCUUCUAUUUUCCAAUAAAAGUAGCCGGGGGCCACUCUCUUAGUAGCCGGAGAAGAUCCCCGGCCCCCGGCUCUUAAUGACAACCCUGUCUGAUUUAUAAUCUAGAAGUAUCUUUUAAUUUUCACUUGACAUUUCUAUAAUUAAAUGUGAUUAUAAUGUUCACUGUGCAGUAAAAAGUUUUUUACCUUACUCUCGGUUAUUUUCUUUUCGAACUCCCAGUACUUGAACUCCUGAUAACUCGAACCUUUUUUUGAUUUCCCUUGAAGGUUUGAGUUAUCAGGAGUGGACUGUACAUAAUGAUGACAACACUGCCAAUAUUGGAUGUACGGAUCAUUUUAAUCUCACUGAACAUUUUUUUUUCAUUAGUGAAUUUCGCUGAUGAGCCGCCAACAUGGGGCCAUCCACCAGAUCCUAAAGUCCAGUCCAAGUCUUUCAAGAGACUGCAGAGACAUCUUCAAGAACAUGAAGAUGAUGGUAUGUACAUUGUAUGUCACUAUCAUCAUCACUACCGUCAUCACUACCAUCUAGUGUGAUAGCUUUUUGUUACAGUGUGUAUUUGUGAGCCACAUCACAAAUUAGUCGGCUUUCUACUGUGAAUGUUAUUGAAACUGGUUUAAGAACAAGCAACAAUUUCAAAACUUGCUUGUUUACAUUCAGAAUAGUAUUAUUAUUGUUACUGUCUUUGUAGAUCUUCCUCCACCACCUCCUGAAGCAUUUAAUCAGCUGGAGGACAGCAAUGAGAAGCACAACAUGCAGUCACGGAGUUUUAAAGUCCUGCAGGAUGCUGUGGAGCAUGGAGGUAAAUAUGUAGAGUAUUCACAGAAAUGAGACACAACUGACUCCAGUUACUGUCUCACUCCACUGUCUAGUGCUCCAUUUGCAGUUUUUUAUGGUGCAACUGAGCUGUUUAUUUCACAAAAGCUGCCUUAUUUUUUUUAACUUUUAGUUCAGCACAAAUGAAAACACCAGAUAAAACUAACUUGCAUCCCGUGUUAGAGCCUGUUUUUGCAGUGUUUUGUGCAGAUUUUUAAUUUGUGAAGCUUCGUUUAGUUAACAACAUUCUGAUAUUGUGAAUGAGGCUUUAGACAGUGAAGUUGAAUAUUGAGGCUUUAGACUGUUAAUACUGUUGUUGUCAUGUAUUACAUGUGAAAUCAACAAGUCAACAAUUAUGGUUAGUGUUCUUGUACUAAAAUUUUAUAACCAUGUAUUUUUUUCUCCAUUAGAGGCUCCUGGCAGUGUUUUUGAUAGGCAAAAGGCAGGUCGGAGCAAGCCCUCCUCCCAGGCAAUGCCUAAAAUGUACCGUCCUUCUCCACCUCAAAUUAAACCUGCUGCGAGCAUGCCAGUGGCACCCCCUGCACCAGUUGUAGCCCGACCAGGACAACCUCAGCCUGUUGCUCUACCUGGGAUGGUUCAAUUUCAACAACCCUCUGGGCCACCACAGCGAAGCCCAUCACAGAAAUUGCCGUCGACUGCAUCUCCAGCGGCAGUAUCGCCCACUUCUACUAGCCCACCUAAACAACCAGAGUGGAAGAGGUCACCCACUAAGCCUCCGUCAACACAGCCAGUCGAAGAGACUAGAACCCCUUUCUGUGAUGCCUGUGGAGAGGAAGUCUUGUAAGUUGAGUAUAGCGUGGACCUUUUUUUUGCAGGCUGUUAUUUUUUUUAAAAUAUAUUUCUCGAUAUCUUUUACUAUCCACAAGCACCAUGAAUCCAACAACUCCCAUGUUCAUCACUGUAUAGUUUUACAUGCAUAACGUUAUGAUGGAAGAUGGUAAUUGUUGCGCAUCAUACAGAAAGUGACUCUAACCACACAACAGUUAGGUAUAAUAAUGUUGCAAUGGAAUGACACAACUGUAAAAAGUUCUACUUAGUACGGCAGUAUUAAGUUAUUUUCGCUUGUUAUUUUGGCGGUAAGAGUUGUCUCUAGAGCUUUCAAUUAUGGUCCAACUUUAUCUUCAGAUUUUUUAUCCUUUGUUUUUGGGAACAGACAACUUCCUCUCUGUUGCAGGCUGUUAGGACCAUCCCCAACUGUCCUUGUAGAUUUGUUCAUCUUACAGAGACUUGAGUUACAGUAUAAAAUCUAAAAAAAGACAGGGAUCAUGGUGCAAAGAAAAUCAUUAAUUUACAGCUUGCCAGUUGGGCAAGCUGACGCUAGCAUUUACGAGCCCAAACGUCAUUUGAACUAGCCCCCAAAUGUUUUUGAUGAGCAGAAUUGAUUUCACACUUCUUAUGCAACUUGAAUUCCUCAAAAUACUUCACUUGCCUGUCGGGCAAGUUAGGAACAGAAUUCACUAGCCCGAUAGCAAAAUCCACUAGCCCCGGGCUAUCAGACACUACUUUCUUUGUACACUGGGGAUAUGUAAGACCACCUCUAAGUGUCCAUCUUAAAAAAUGUCUGUGUUAUUGAGGUGUCCCUUGAGAAAUGACUGAAAAGCACUGCGUGAUAAUGACAAAAAUGCAGAUUGGGCCACAAGUAUAACUGUAAUGCUCUUAGGAAUUAAGCUUAUAAAGCAUUUACAGAGAUAAAAGGUAAUUCUUGUUGUAAAUAAAUGAAGAGCUUUUAGACUUUCUUAUUGUUUUUUUUAGAUUUCCUUACAGUCAGGUAAAUGUCAUUGCUAUGUCUUAUGAAUUUUUUAGUAAUGUACGUUUUUGCUCUUCAUGUUUGAAACAGUGGUCCUUUUGUAAGUGCCAUUGGAAAGGCGUGGCACCCAGAACAUUUUGUGUGUGAUGGAUGUGGUGAGUCUCUUCAGAACCAGGGCUUCAUAGAGGAGGGUGGAAAAUUGUAUUGUGAAAAGGACUACAACAAAUACUUUGCUCCUCACUGUGAUACUUGCAAGCAGCCCAUCUCUGGGGUGAGUACAAUGGUUUUGUGCAUCUUUUAUGAGGCCUUGAGAUUACACUUAUGGGGUAGGGGUGGUUCGAAAGUUGAUUUAUGUCAAUGAUUAUGUGAAAGUAAAAUAGACCAUUUUGAUUUACAACAAGCCCUCACUUACAAAUUGAGGGCUAAUGUAAAAGCUUCUGUAUGAAAUUAAGUUUAAUGUGCAUGGGUAUGAAAAUAUUUUCCUUUAUCCUCGGUUUGAAUGACUUGGGGCAACUCCAUAAUGGCUUUAUACUUGGUCUCAGAAAUGAUAAUUUGUUGUUUUUAAACUUACAGUUGUAAAAUAGAACUAGUUUAUUGUGCAAACUGGUCAAAAGUCAGCUUUUGGAGGUGGUGUUUAGUGCACAACAAACUUAUAAGCAGCUGCGAGAAUUACUACCAACGUUUGCUGGGCAAACAAAUCUAAGUCCUCUGGUCCCAAAUUCUGUUGAUUAUUUCCUUCCUUACUUGUCUUUGUCUACCAUUUUAAAUUAACUGUGGUCUUAGCGAUAUUCAGUUCAUCAAAAAAGCAUUUACACAGGACAUGUUAAUCACAGCAUACCACUACUAGUGCCGUCUUUCUAGCUCCUGAGUUUGGCCGAGAACCACUCUUUGAAAGAACACUACUGAACGAAUUUUACAACGGUAUGCUAUCAAGCACGUUAUCGUUAAAACGAAGGCAGGAAUUUUAGUGGCUAAAAAUCUUUGUUAGAUGUUCGUUGUACACAGUGUGAAAUAAAUCCUAUGUUAGUUCACUUUUCACUCACCAUCUUCCUUGUAACGGGCAACCAGCUGUUUGUGUUGUUUAGAUCGAGAACAAUCUGAGUUAUCCUCCAUCAAUGUGAUAAUCGUGGCUGCUCUGAUCUGUGUCAGUCUGCCAUCUACCAACACCUUUCCAUUAUAAAGCGUGAUCGAUUUUGAGAUUAUCGUCUGAGAUUUUGAUAAUAUUUCACGCACAUGUCCAUUUCAGAUUUUGCUUUCUAGCCUUGUUAAAAUGCAUUCUGUUUGUUGCCUUAAUGACUGCACAUGUAUACGUCACUGGUACACUUGCAUUAACACGUAUUUCUCUCUCUCACACACACACUUUUUAUUGUUUUACAUAUAUUCACGUUAUUUAAUGUAAAUAAAAAUAAUUUGUAGAUGACCACACUUGCGGUUGUAGAGACUUUUCCUGUCUUAGUUGUGUUAGGUUUUUGACACCAUUUCAACACUGAACAAAUUCUUCAUAGCUAGAAUUCCCCAGAAUGUGAACAAUAACCAUUCACAAGGAAUAUGCUAAAUACAAUAAAGCCAUUAGGUGGUAAGAAUGGACGAACUUGGGGAAGAUUAAAGCUUUCGCGUAACAGCAUCACACUGCAUUUUUGAUAUGGUGUCGGUUAAUUACUUUGUUCAGAACCUGCGAUUAAUGCAAGUGUUUAUAUCGGAGUUGUAAGCAACCCGCUUUAUUGACUCUGAAUAAAAAUUUUGCAGCUUGCUCAAUGGUCUUCAGAAGUCAACUGUAGCCACUGUAGCCUUUCUUCUAGUAGAGUUCGUUUUUUCUGUUUCUAGCAUGGUUUGCGUUGACUUCGCUUUUUGAUGUGUUAUUUUCUAACUCAAUAAUUAAAAAUGAGAUAACUAAGGAAAUUACGUCUUCAAAGAAAGUUUGUAAAUCGAAUCCUUGGUAGCACAGUAUUUGCUAAACGUCACCUUUGAAUUUGAUAAAAAAGCGUAUCAAGAAUUGUGAGAGUGUUUCAUCCGAAGUCCUGAUACCUCAACUCAAAUUUGUUAAAAAAAAAAACCUCGGUGCGCCUCUUUUUUUUUUUCAACCCAGGUCUUGGUGUUUGGAUGAAACACUCCUCAUCGUGUGUAUAUAUAUAUAUUACCUGUACUUAGCAGUUUCUGGUAGGUGAAGAGAAAUUGCCCUGAACUGUACCUUUUUUCAGUAGUAGGUAAUACUUAUGUUUAGGUGCCUUCCGGCCUUUGUUGAUUAAGCAUUGGCGGUAAACCAACGUUGUUCUUACUAAUCUUUUGUGUAUUUUUUUUUUAAAGUAAAUGAACAUUGUGGCAGUAUAAUUAUAAGUAUUGUGAAGAAAGCAAUUUAACGUGUACUGUAUUGUAAAGUGCUGAUGAUCGUAGUCCAUCUGAUAUUUAGCAUUAAUUCUGUUGUGUAUCCUUUGGAUUUACGGCCAUGAACUUGGUGCUGGCAUCUGGAUAUUGUUCAAUGCCGCGCUAGUGGUGUGACAACGAGGGAAAAAAUCAGUUUCUUUCUUGGAAGAACAAGACAUCUAUUAUGUAUUUGCGUCUAAGUCUGUUAGUAGUAGAGUUUGUGAAUUGAUGGCUGCACAGGUUGCCAUUCGAACUUGGAAAACUUGGAAAUGGAAUCUACACUUUCUUUGACAACAGCAAACAAAAAUCUUGACGGUUCAGUGGAGAUCGCAGAUGGUCUGUUUCUGUUUUGUCUUUCUUUUCAUUGGCAUGGUUAUAAUUGUGUACCUGAACAUGGAAUUUAUGGCAAUUUCUGAAAUUGUUUCCAGAGCAAAGGAUAAUUCGUAACCGGAAAAGCGCAGUUUGUGACUAGAAAUAAGACAAGUGGAAAAUACGGCUGCAAUUGAAGACCUUGAAGCCACAGAAGGACUGCUAUGAAGGUUUAAAGCGGAGCCAUGUCAGAGCACAAAAUUCAAGCAUAGCACCAACACCGUAUUUAUGAGCAAAUAACAAAAUACACUCACCAGCACUGCACUGGAAAACUCUGCUCUUGUUAUAGUACAGAUGAAGUUAAUGGGGACAGUCGCUUGUUGGAUUUCCUCGUCUCUCUCUUGGCUCCAAGCCUUGAGUACAUAGUUUAAUUCGAUUCUUGACCUUUCUUCUGGUUUUUUUUUUGUUCUCUGAUUUUCACUGUGAAAUUGCACAGAAAGUGGGAUAUAAUCGUGGAAGUCCUUAACGAAUAAGAUGAAGUCGCUGCCAAGACUGUGUCUUCUCAAAUCGCGGCAACUUAGUAUGGUAUCUAUUAACCGAGGAACAUGUGGCGGCUAAGGGUAGUGAUGAACUACUCUUGUUGUUUUGCUUCUUGCUAACAAUUCCUUGCUCUUAAAUGCACUAAGUCUUAUAUAAAAUGUGGGAAAUAAAUGUAUAACUGGUUAUUAAUUAGAUCAAUAAUUACUAAGAGCACUUAAUGAUAAUACUUAAUACUGCAUUGCACUGCACAGCACCUGACACCAGCACAUCACUGCACUGUAUACAAAACUCUCCUUCUUGAUUUCCAGUUCUAAUUCUUUCAGGGAUUGCUCGGCCAGACUUUGGAGCGAACACUUGAUUGGUUAAUCUCUCUGUUACCUUGGUAACCGUUAAAUGAGGUGAUGGCAUGUGUGUAUUUUGUACAUUUUCAGCCCAAGAGCCUGCACGCAUGUCCGCCAGCGGUGCCUCCGCCUUCAAGUGCUAUGCUGAAGGCCAUACGCGAGUCGUCGAUGAAAGGAAAGAACGCUGAAGAAGCUGCAGCGAAAACCAAAACUCGUCGGCUGAAUAAUGCCCUGACUUUGACGAAAGAAGCACAGGGUAACCACCCAAACUUGCCAAAUAACGUGCACUCUAGUUACAUGACUCCUUUGUAUGGGGUCAAUUACCCUCAAAGAGCAGUUGAGAAUGACAUCAACAGUAACUGGGUUCAGGGGAGUGGUAUUAGUAAUAUCACCAACAUUGGAGCAGCAUUAGAACAGCAUGGGGAACCCGGUAUGGGCUCUUUAAAGGACAAAGUUGUCGCCUUGAAGGAAGCUUUACGAGUGGCGACUGAACGUCAAGCCAAAGCCAAAGAAGGAAUUCCAGCUGCUCGCAAGCGCUUUCAAGAAGCGAAGAUUCUGCUAUCGAAGAUGGAGCGAAAGAGGUUUAUUGCUGAAGACAAGGUUGAAAAGCUUGAAGAAAAAAUCCAUCAUCAAGAGGGAAGGCUACAGAACAAGUAUAGAAUAAUGUCAGAGAACUGGCAUGUAAACCAUCAAUUUAAACAAAAGAAAUCGGAAGAAUUGAGAAAUUGGAAGAAUAUUGAGUAUGAAAUAACCGAACUGAAAGCAGCACGGGAGGCGUCCAUGGAGCGCGUGCGAGAAGCUUCACGAAGAUUGGUUAUCGUUCAGUCGGCAAUUCAGAAUGCUGACGACCGCUGCAGAGAGUUGAAUGCCCGCAGGCGCACUCUACAAGACAUGCUAGAAAUGUACAAUAAGCGAAUCAGGGACCUAAGGAGCAAGUCACUUGAGAAGAGUGUGGUUACAAAGAAAAAAGCGACUCGAAAGGACAUGCUACAAGAUUAUAUAUCAGAGAGGAAAGAACGUUUCAAGAGAGCUGAGCGAAGGUUGCUCCCUUUGAAGAUUUACAUAAACCAGUUACACGAUUCCAUAGAAGAUGGCCAUAAGGAGUUAAGGCAUGCGCAGUUGCUAUUAGCCAACUGUAAACAGAGGAUAAGGAAGAGAAGCUAUGAGUAUUAUCCUUAUACUAACUAA